CGCGCGGUGCGUGGGGCGGUGGCACGAAGAUGGCGGCGGGAGCGCGGGGCCCACGGCGGGGGAGGACGGAUCCGCGCUGACGGACCGAGCGCGACCUUCAGCCCCAGCUCCUGUCCUGCCCUGGCUCCUGGCAGCCUCUCCUUCCUGGUGCCUCCAGCAGAGGCGUCUCUGGGACCCCCUUCCCUCGGUGCUGCUCAGAACCCUCUCAUCCAUUGCCCUGCACUUGGACACGGUGGUGCCGCUGGGUUCCAGCUGUGCCUGUGAGGUCUCGCUCCCAGCUCAGCAGCAUGGAGUGUGUGGCCCUGCCUGCUGCCCGCUGCCCCGUGCCUGCACGGCACUGCACAGACAUCGGAUCGGGCCGGGCCUGCGGGGCACCACAGCGCUGCCCCUGAGCCGUGCCCCCACCGCGUCCCCAUGGAGAGGAUGAGCUGGUUGAGCAAACUGACCCCGCGCGGGGUUGGGCAGCGCGCUGCCCGCAGCGCCAGCCUGCAGAGCCCUGUCACCGCUGACCCCGAGACCUGCCUGAUGGUCUUCAAGAACCACUGGGCGCAGGUUCUGCGCAUCCUGGAGCGCCGCGGCUGCACGCCGGCCCCCGAUGACCUGAGCGCGGUGCGGAACAACACCUACCAGCUGCUGAACCUGCUGGCCGAGGACCGGCCGCGCGGUGAGGCCAACACGGGGCCCAUCCUGGAGUUUGUGGUGGCCGAGAAUCUGCUGGAGCGGCUGCUGGGCUGGCACCUGCAGGGUGAUUUUGGCGAGGAGCGCAAGGUGGAGCAGCUCAAGCUGUACGAGAUGCUCAUCAGCCAGGCCCGGCAGCCCCUCCUGCGGCACCGCGCCGUGCUCACGCCGCUGUUGCGCCUGCUCAGUCUCUGCGCCGAGCCCACCUCUGCGCCGCUGGAGAACAGCCUGGUGCUGCUGCUCAACCAGCUCUGCGUCUCGGUGGCCAAAGAGCCCGCCAUCCUGGAGCUCUUCUUUCACAGCCACACCGACCAGGGCCCUGCCAACCUCAUCAUCUUCUCCCUCCUCAUCCCUUUCAUCCACCAUGAGGGUGUUCUGGGGCAGCAGGCCCGCGACGCGCUGCUGCUCAUCAUGGCCAUGUCGGCCAGCAACCACGCUGUCGCCAAGUCCAUCACCGACAACUCCUACUUCUGCCCGGUCCUGGCCACGGGGCUGAGCGCGCUGUACUCCUCAUUGCCCCGCAAGAUCGAGGUGCGCGGGGAUGACUGGCACUGCCUGCGCCGCGAGGACUGGAUCGGGGUCUCCUCCCUCGUGCUCUUCAUGAACUCAUUGGAAUUCUGUAACGCCGUCAUCCAGGUCGCCCACCCGCUGGUGCAGAAGCAGUUGGUGGAUUACGUGCACAAUGGGUUCCUGGUACCCGUCAUGGGGCCAGCGCUGCACAAGACCUCCAUCGAGGAGAUGAUUGCCAGCACCGCCUACCUGGACCUGUUCCUGCGCAGUGUCAGUGAGACGGCGCUGCUGAAGACCUUCCUGCGCUUCGUGCUACUGCACCGCCACGACAACGCCACCAUCCUCGACACGCUCGUCAGCCGCAUCAACAGCAACUCGCGGCUCUGCAUGGUGUCCCUGAGCCUCUUCCGGACGCUGCUCAGUCUCAACUGUGAGGAUGUGAUGCUGCAGCUGGUGCUUAGGUACCUGCUGCCCUGCAGCCAUGUCAUGCUGAGCCAGAAGCGGGCGGUGCGGGACCUGGACAUCUAUGGCAAGACAGCUGCCAAGUUCCUCUCUCUCAUCCCACGCUGCUGCUGCCCUGAGAAUGUCCCACUGCCAGAGCGUGAUGAGGAGCACACGGUGUGGGCAAAGGGGCAGAGCAGCCCCAGCGUGGACGCAUCCUCAGCAGUGCUGGUGCCGCGGCCUUCCACACCAUCACGUCUCUCUUUCUUCAUGAGGCAGCAGAGUGGCGGCCCAGAGGCAGCCAGCACAGCGCCGCGCUCCCCAGGCACACCGAGUGGCAGCCCUGCACACCGGGCCGCCCGCUGGGAGGAGGUGGCAGAGCUGGACAGGAACUACCUGGAGUAUCUGCGGGACGCGCGCCGCAGCAUUGACCGCUGUGCAUGGGCAUGCCGCGUCUGGUCGGCCCCCUAUGAUGGCGAGGAGCCCGCAGCCCCCGGAGCCACCUCCGAUGUGGCCCCUCUGCCUGACAGCGCCCCGGGGCCCCCGACCCCGCGGACUAAGAAGCGAGGGUUGCCUGAGGAGGGGGCAGGGAGGGCUCCCAGCCCCAGUGAGCCCCACACUGUGGGGCCCAGCCCUGACAUACGGGACUCGGGGGCACUGGUGAAUGGGGCGCAUGGGCACACGGAGCCAGGGCGGCCUGAGGGGGAUGUGGUGGUGAAGAAAGUGCGCAGGAGUCCGCGAGGUGAGGGGCUGGCACACAAUGGGGCCCGGGCGCAGCCUGCAGGCUGGGAGGCCCCGCGCUCGGUGGACUCGCUGCUGGAGGAGCUGCUGGCCAAGGCACCAGCUGAACCCAAUGGGGCAGGCGUCAGCAUUGAGACCUUCACCCAGGAGCUGCGAGAGAUUGAGGCCGAGAUGGAGAACGGAGCCAAGGCUGAACCGCCUGCCACGCCUGAGCCACUGCUGUCCCGUGAGGAGGAGGAGGCCUACGCCAGCUUCGCCACUCUGCCUGAGGGCGAGGAGGCACUGGGCCGUGUGCGGGUGCUGGACCCUCUGGCACAGGCCGUGGCCAGCCCACCACGCACUGUGGGGCCGCCCCACAGCCAACCCUUCACAGGGCCCUUCAUAACGGUGCUGUUUGGCAAGCUGGAGAACAUGCUGCACAACUCCCUGCAUGUGAAUUUGCUGCUUAUUGGGAUUAUUACUCAGCUAGCAAGUUACCCACAGCCUCUUCUUCGCUCCUUUCUGCUCAACACCAACAUGGUGUUUCAGCCCAGCGUCAAAUCUCUGCUGCAGGUGCUUGGCUCGGUGAAGAACAAGAUUGAAAGCUUUGCUGCCAGCCAGGAGGACUUCCCCAUGCUGCUCUUCAAGGCCAAGAAGUACCUGAUUGCGCGUGGCAAGCUGGACUGGGCUGAUGCACCGGGUGUUGUGCCGGCGCUGCGUCGCUCAGAGACUUUGGCCCGCAGCCGGAAGCCGUCGCUGGGCGAGCUGAUCCUGCGACACACCAACAGCCCGACGCGGGCACGGCAGGCGGCACAGCUGGCGCUGCAGCAGGUGCGGGAUGGGCCGGUGCUGCAGGCGCUGUCGGGGUCCACGCUGUUCCGCGGCUCGGCUGAGAAGCAGAGUGAGGCGCUGCGUGUCAAGAACGCCGUGUACUGCGCCGUCAUCUUCAGUGAGUUCCUGAAGGAGCUGGCGGCCAUCGCCCAGGCGCACGCUGUCACCUCCCCGUUCCUCUCUGAGCCGCUCGAGGAGUGACCCCGGUGGCUGCUUUUUAACCGCGCGCGGGGCACGGACCCUUUUAAUUUAUUUGGGAUGAAUGUUCUGCCGGGAGCUGGCCCUGGGCAGCCACGGGGAUACGUGGGGACGGCAGGGCCGGACGGUGCCACCUGGCGUGGGGCGGGCUGGCUCUGCCCCCUGCCGCCCCCGUGGCCCCAAUGUCACCCAUCACCCACCCGCUCCUCUCUAUGCAAUGCCCCGCUCUGUGGGGUGGCUGUGGGGCAGGGUGGGAGUGCGGGGCCGGGUGGUGCAUGGGGGGGCCGGUGUGUCUGUGCUGUGUAUAAGCCCUUCUGUAAUAAAGGGUCUGGUCGAGGGCA